UCCAAUGGCCGUCCCCAAGUACCCUCUGAGCCCAGUACUCUGGGAACAGCAGGACAGCUUCCUUGAGGUAAAGGUGAAAGAGGAGGAAGAAGCCGGCACCUCCCAGAGCCACGACUCCAGCCCCAGCCCUACUGCCCACCCUGAGGCUGCGCGCCUACGCUUCCGGCACUUCCGCUAUGAGGAGGCAUCCAGCCCCCAUCAGGCUCUGGCACAACUGCGAGAGCUAUGUUGCCAGUGGCUGAGGCCAGAGUCAUCCUCCAAAGAACAGAUGCUGGAAUUGCUGGUGCUCGAGCAGUUCCUGGGUGCUCUGCCCCCUGAGAUCCAGGCCUGGGUGGGGGCUCAGUGCCCAAAGAAUGGAAAGGAGGCAGCCGUUCUGGUGGAAGAUCUGACUCAACUGCUGGACAGGAGAGGGUGGGAGCCAGGAGUGCGACCCGACGAGGCAAGUUGCAAACAGAGCAGUCCAGAUGAGUCCCGGCCACCAGACAUGGACACUGAAACCCUCAUGGAACAUGUUUCCCCCAAAUCUACCCUUGCCCGCACUUGUAAACCCGAGAGCAGCUCAGAGAGCCAGCCAGAGCUCCUAGGAGCACUGUGGAUGACGUGUGCUGCCCAAGAGAUGGAUUUCAGGAAAGCUCUGGGGCCUCACACGGAUGCCCCCCAAAAUCAGCCUGACCGUGAGUCUGAUGCCUCAGGAGACAGUUCCAACAUGUGGCCCAACUUCCCUUCCGAAGACAAGGUUUCUUCAGAGGAGAAAUUUGGCCCGUUGUUUGAUAAUGGGACAGUGCCUCCAGAUACAUACCCAGAGAGGAAGCCCUCUAAGGACGGUGAAUGUAUGAGAACAUUCCAGAACACUUCCGCCCUUGAGGCCCACCCAAAGAGCCACUCUCAGAAGAUGCCCUAUGCCUGUAUUGAGUGUGGGAAGGCGUUUAGCCGGAGCACCCACCUUGCCCAACACCAGGUUGUCCACACAGGAGCAAAGCCCCAUGCAUGUAGAGAGUGUGGCAAAGCCUUCAGACGAGUCACCCACCUGACGCAGCACCAGAGGAUUCACACCGGGGAGAAGCCCUAUAAGUGUGAGGAAUGUGGCAAAACCUUCAGCCGCAGCACCCACCUCACCCAACACCAGCGGGUACACACAGGAGAACGGCCCUAUGAGUGUGAUACGUGCGGCAAAGCCUUCAGCCAGAGCACACACCUGACGCAGCACCAGCGCAUCCACACGGGGGAGAAGCCCUACAGGUGUGAUGUGUGCGGAAGAGCCUUCAGCGACUGCUCAGCUCUGGUCCGGCACCUGAGGAUCCACUCUGGAGAGAAGCCCUAUCGAUGUAAGGACUGCCCAAAGGCCUUUGCACAGAGCUCCUCCCUCAUUGAACACCAGCGUACACACACCGGAGAGAAGCCUUACAAGUGCACUGACUGUGGCAAAGCUUUUAGCCGCAGCUCGGCUCUCAUGGUGCACCUGAAGAUCCAUGUCACUAUGCUUCGGUGACUCGAAGAAACCCUGAGUUCGCCAGGAGCCAGGAACACCAUGGGUUGGUAACCGUGUUAGCCGGUGUCUAAGGACCGACUGGGGCCAUCUGGGAACA